AGACUUUGCGGGAGAGAGAUAGAUAAUAAUGAGAAACUUUGCGACGAUUUCCUGAUGAAGUUCUUCCCCGAUGUAUACAUUAGAAAGCACCACGCCCAUGAAAACAACUACUGCAAAUUUGCUGACGAAUAUCUUCAGCUCUUCACAUCGUCCCUCUACAUAGCCGCCAUCGUUUCCAGCUGUGCAGCCUCCUUUAUGUGCAAAAAAUUUGGUCGAAAGCCGACCAUGCAAGCUGCCUCUGUCUUCUUCUUCAUCGGAGCUAUUCUCAACUUGACGGCCAAGAAACUCGGCAUAUUAAUCCUUGGAAGGCUUUUCCUUGGUGCUGGUGUAGGAUGUGGUAACCAGGCUGUUCCACUGUUCAUCACAGAAAUUGCACCGCCAAAAUAUAGAGGAGGACUCAAUGUUUGCUUUCAGUUGCUCAUCACUGUCGGUAUCUUGAUAGCAAACUUGGUUAACUACUUCACAUCGAAUAUAAGACCGUAUGGUUGGAGGAUAUCAUUGGGCGGCGGCGCCGUGCCUGCCAUAAUCUUGCUUGUUGGAUCUUUCAUAAUUGUGGAGACCCCAGCGAGUCUAAUAGAAAGAGGAAAGAAAGAAAGAGGUUUGAAAACUCUAAAGAGAAUCAGGGGCGUAGACGAUGUCGAGAAAGAAUUCGAAGAGAUCGUUCGUGCCACCGAAAUUUCCAAUAAAAUCAAAAACCCUUUCAGGGAACUAACGAAAAGGCGUAGCGUUCCACCAGUGAUAUGUGGCACCAUCAUUCAUGUGUUCCAGCAGUUUACAGGGAUCAACGUGGUCAUGUUUUACGCACCGGUGUUGUUUCAACCCAUGGGGUUCGGUUCCAAUGCAUCACUUUUAUCGGCUGUUAUGACCGGCACGGUCAACGUACUGCCGACACUCAUCGCCGUCUUCAGUGUUGAUAAAGCUGGUAGGAAGAAACUACUCAUUCUGGGAGCUUCGAUUUGUUUGAUUGCUCAGUAUUUGACGGAGACAAGCAAAGUACCUAGUGAGACGGCCAAACUAGUGGUGGGAUUAAUCUGCUUAUAUGUGAAUGGAUUUGCAUGGUCAUGGGGCCCUUUAGGGUGGCUAAUAUCUAGCGAAGUCUUCCCAUUGGAGACUCGAAGCGGAGGCUUUUUCCUCGCCGUCGCCACCAAUAUGUUCUGCACAUUCUUAAUCGCACAAGCAUUCCUCUCCAUGCUUUGUACCAUGCAAGCCUACAUUUUCUUCUUCUUCGCCGCCUGGCUCGUGACCAUGAUAGUUUUCGUGGCGGCGAUGCUCCCGGAAACCAAGGGGAUCCCCAUCGAUGAAAUGGUUGAAAGGCUAUUGGUAAAGAACCAUACGCAGAGUCUUCCGGAAACGAUAGUAAUCCCCUUAAACAGAAGUGAAUUAAUAAGCACUAUUGCUGACAGAACCCCCACAUUGGUGAAUGGUGAUCCUGAUUUCUGGAAGACCUUUGCUUACAGAGCUAUGACUUAUGGGGGAAAAAUGGAUGCCCUGAUUGUUGCCUGGUUACCAGGAACUGAAGGAAAGGGAAUCACAGAUUUAGUUUUUGGAGACUAUGAUUUUGAGGGACGAUUACCAACGACGUGGUUUAGGACAACUAAACAGUUUCCAAUCAACAAUGGAGACAAUUCAUGUGAUCCAUUGUUUCCCCUUGGCUUUGGCUUGACAUGCAGCAAGGAGAAACCUACAGAUUAA